GCGUUCAAAUAUAGACCACCAUGGCUGCUUUGACUUUGACCUGUCUGUACCAGCUAAGACUGACGAUGUGGAAAUUUUUUAAUUUUUAUUUUUAUGCAAACUGAAAAAUUCCAGGCUACAAAAAAUAAUCGAAAAAGAAAGAAAAUAGAAGAGAGAGAAAGAAGAGAGAGAAAGUGCAAGAACGACGAAAAUCGUUGUUCCUCUCACAUCUGAUAAUCAAUCCCUUUGUAACUCUCAACUAUUCUCUAGGGUAAGCUUUUUUUUAUACCCAUUUCUUUCUUGUUGCAUAAAUCUUCUUUGUUUCAUCAUCCUCUUCCUAAUUUGUAAUAAUUGAAGUUUCCGCCGCCGCCUCCGCCUCCGCCGCCGCCGCCGCCUGUUCAUGACUGCGGUUCUUCAAGGCCGAACUGGGUUUUGAUAAAUACGGCGUCGUUUUGCCAGUUUAAGUCAAAAGAUUCGAACUUUAUGCUUUUGGUCUUGGUGAAAAGUGGGGGAGAUUUUGACGAGGGAGGAAUAUGGGUUUAUUUUUGUUGAUUUGGAGUUGCUUUAUAUGCUAAUUUUUCCUUGAUGCAAAAGGGAUUCUUUUUCUUCACUCUAUUUUAACAGAUUUAGGGGCAAAAAAGGAAAAAAAAAAAGAAAAAAAAAACAAUCUUGAUUGGUCUUUCUGGAAAAUUGAGUCCACAUUUAGUGAAUUGAUGAGUCCAAUCUUGCAAAAGAUUGAUUCUUUAGUAUAUUUAUUUGUUUCUUAACCUUUUUUAGCAUCUGAGUUUGAGGGUUUGUGUUUAGAGGAAUAAAUAUUUGUGAAGAUUUGGAAGCUGAAAUUUGGGGGUUAUAGUAGUAGUAAAAAUCGAAAUAUGUUGAAACAAAUACUCGGUAAGAUCAAGCAUUCGAAAUCCGGUGGAGACCCGAAUCCCUCCUCGAGUUCUCUAGCCACCUCAAAGAGAAGCGACGGGGCCCACUCGAGAUUCAGUACUGUGGUCGAUGAUGCUGUUUCGGCUCCGUAUUCCGGUUUAAGCCUCGACUCGGAAGACAAGUAUCUUCGCGAGAAGAACUCGACGUGGAACGGAAACAUAGUUUCUGCUUCGUACGAUGCUUUACCGAGUUUUAAGGAUGUCCCGAUUUCCGAAAAGCAGCACUUGUUCAUCAGGAAAGUGAAGAUGUGCUGUGUGGUAUUCGAUUUCACGGACCCCACGAAGAACUUCAAAGAGAAAGACAUCAAGAGGCAGACUUUAUUGGAGCUAGUCGAGUACAUAACUUCCGCGAACGGAAAAUUUCCGGAAAAUAUGAUGCAAGAAGUUGUUAAGAUGGUGUCGGCGAAUAUCUUCAGAGAAUUCAUCCCUCAACCUAGAGAGAACAAGCUAAUAAACGGGCUCGAUUUGGAGGAUGAAGAGCCUGCAAUGGACCCCACGUGGCCCCACUUGCAAGCCGUGUAUGAAUUCUUGCUAAGGUUCGUCGCUUCGCCUGAAACCGACGCCAAAAUCGCCAAACGGUACAUCGACCACUCGUUUAUUCUGAAAUUGCUCGCUUUGUUCGAUUCGGAAGAUCCUAGAGAGAGGGAGUAUUUGAAGACGAUACUGCACCGUAUAUACGGGAAGUUCAUGGUGCACAGGCCGUUCAUAAGAAAAACGAUCAAUAAUAUAUUCCAUCAAUUCAUUUUCGAGACGGAGAAGCAUAACGGAAUCGCCGAGUUUCUUGAAGUGCUCGGGAGUAUAAUCAACGGGUAUGCUCUGCCUUUGAAAGAAGAGCAUAAGCUCUUUCUUGUUCGGAUAUUGAUUCCUUUGCAUAAGCCGAAGUGUUUGGCUACGUACCACCAGCAAUUGUCGUACUGCAUUACGCAGUAUGUCGAGAAAGAUUGCAAAUUGGCCGAUAUUAUUAUUAGGGGACUGAUUAAAUAUUGGCCGGUUACGAACAGUUCGAAGGAAGUUUUGUUUCUUAACGAGCUCGAGGAAGUUCUGGAAGCCACUCAGGGACCGGAGUUUCAACGGUGCAUGGUGCCUUUGUUUCAGCAGAUUUCUCGUAGCUUGAACAGUAUGCAUUUCCAGGUGGCGGAGAGGGCUUUAUUCCUGUGGAACAACGAGCACAUAGAGAACCUGAUAAAGCAGAAUCGAAAGGUAAUCCUGCCAAUAAUAUUCCCAGCCAUAGAGAGAAACGCGAAGCACUGGAACCAAGCGGUGCACAGUUUGAGCCUCAAUGUACGCAAGAUAUUUUACGAUCUUGACCCCGAUCUAUUCAAAGCUUGCCAGCUCAAAUUUCAAGAAGACGAAGCAAAGGAAGACGAGAUCAAACAGAGACGGGAGACCAUCUGGAAACGUCUAGAAGAACUUGCUGCCAAAACAAGCAACAACUAAACGAAAAAAAAAGUUAUUUAUUCGUUUCUUUAAGACAUGCCAAUGUUUUGCGUAUGAGCAGUUUUUCGAGGAUAUAUUUUUUAUUUUAUUUUAUUUUAUUUUAAUUUGAUUUAUAGUGUGUGGGGUUUUAUCUAAAUAAUAAGCUGACUGAUUUUUUUUUAUUCUAUUUUAUUUUUUUGACUUGUGGAGUGAAAAUGUGAAAUGUCUGUAUAAUGUACAAGUAGAAAACAGUUACAUUACAUAGCUACUGCUGCUGUCAAAUAUUAGUUUUUCUUGUGAAGUUUUGCUUUAAA